AUGUCAACACCCACAACAAACAGAAGAGUCCAUGUGGACCCCUCAAUGCCCGACAGGAUUGCCGCGACUCCGUCCAAGGGCUCUGCGCGCCGCGCGCUUGGAGAGCUUACCCCAAACAAGAGGGUUUCGUCGCAGAAGCCCGGUAUCAUGGCCGAUAAGACACAACCGCCUCGGAACUUGAGCCCGCUGAAACAGGCGCGCCCGCCUUCGCUUGCCCAGGAUGAGAACGCGUACGGCAUUUCAAACAGCAGGAAAAGGUCCAUAGAUGAUGUUGACAGCGCACAUGCGCGCGAGGACCUGACUGCCGCACCCACCAAGCGUGUAGAUGGACGCGCCGCGACGCAGGCCUCAGUCCAUGCCCUGGCGACUAACAUGCAAGCUUCCGCACAACUCGCCAGCCAAAUUAUCGACCUCGCCCGCCGAGACCUUACCCCCACCGACGAAGAUUAUCUGGAGCCAGUGCCUCAGGGAACCCAAGAGACGACUGGAACAAGAGCAUCCUUCUCGUCUCUCAUCGACUACAACCCCCAUGGCUCAUCCCAGCAGACCUCAUCUUCCCCGCCCUUGCGAGCGACCAAGCCCCCCACCACGACGGUACGCGCAGACUCGAUCGAGUUCGCGCAUCAUGACGUUCGCCAUACCGAGUUCGGGGCGCAGCGAGCCGAAGCCCUUCGCCUGCGCCUGCGUGUCGCGCUCUAUAAAGUCAAGACCGGCCAGACCCACGUGCCAUUGUCGUGCCUAGAGAUACCCAGAGAAUAUCGACGGAAGCCAGCCGAAAAGGCUGACGCUCCAAGCCGACCAACGUACUCAUCUGUCGCACCCGCUCUGGAAGCCAAGCAAACCAGCACUGCACCUGCCAUCACGGUCACGGGAGAAGACGAAGUAGAAGAAGGCCUGUCCAACACAAGAAGCAGCGAGCAAAGCGCUCCCAAGCUCCUGCCGGCACCGGUCCUAAUGCCCACCGCGUACUCGACGCGCUUCAUCACCGAGCCUCAAACGACGACGGUGCCCUCUUCGCCACCAAACUUGGCCAAUACCACCGCCACAGCCGCCGACCGCGGCAGCAGCACCCCGCGUGGGCGUGGCAGUAGCGGCAGCAGUAGCAGUCUCCAGGAAUUCGUGACUCCGGUCGCGAACAGGCACGCGGCCACACAGCUCAGCAGCCCCCCUUACAGCGAGAACCAUGUCCGGCACAGGGCCCCCAACGACUCGGACAACCUCACGAGCAGCGGAGUAAAAGACCGAGCGGCGGAUGCUUUGCUGAAGCUGACGCGGUCUGUGUGA